AUGGAACAUUCAUUAAAUUGUAAGACCGAAAAGUUCUGUCCUCGGGGCAGCAUAUCACUAAGAAGCAUGAGAACCGGAACGGCGGUUAUAGAACAAAUUAACUUUAAUAAACAGCAUAUCUCACAGCUAAAGGAUUUAGCCGACUUAGACGGCUUCUAUACAGUACGCACAUUGGUCACGACGUCCGAUUCGAUUCGGGAAAUAGAAUAUUUGUCAUCCGUUAAAGCCAAGUAUUUCUUAGACAGUAGAUUGUCAGAUGUGAUCAAUGCAUGGAUCUUACCUAAUGGUGAGGUCAUGGCCGUUACAUUCCAAGUCACAAACACAACAAACGGGAAUGUACUGGAAGCUACGGCUGCCGAAUAUGAAAUAAACUCUAAGUUCUAUGUCAACCAUGUGGACCAAGCUCCUGUACCUGACACGGCUACAUACAUACAGAAACUGGAGCGAGAGAGAGAGGCCAAGGAGAAAGGUGACUUGAAAGACAACAGGCCGUUCUAUGCCAAAUAUUGGAUGUACAUAGUACCGAUUCUAAUUUUCGUCAUGAUCUCCGGAGCUGCUAAUCCCGAGCCGGCGUCUCAACCAGCUAGAUAA